AUGCAUCCCCCUCUCCCGCUGGCUCUCCUCCUCCUCCUCCGCUCGGCCGCCUCCCAGCCCAGCCUGCGCACGCCCUCGCUGACCAGCCACAGCCUGAGCACGGCCCCGCUGCUGCUCUUCGUGCCCGCGCCGGACACGCCGACGGAGACGUUCGUCAGCCUGAGCCUGUGUGGCGCCCCGCCCGGCCAGCCCCCGCUCGCCCCCACCCUGCCCACCAUCCUCAUCGUCUCGAACUCGACCGACAACCGGACGCCCUCGCCCGCCGCCCUGCCUGCCCGCCCGAGGCCGACGAUCCUCGGCCACCAGCCCGCGACGGGCGACUACGCCGACCUGCGCGCCGGGCUCGCCGCGCUCAGCCUCCUCAACUCCGUCGGCCUCUGGAUCGCCCUCCAGCCCCCGCUACCCCCGCUGCCCUCCACCCUCCAGCUCGGCCUCUCCACCACCGCCCCGCUCCACAGCUCCCACGCCUUCCCCGCCCUGCGCCUCGACGACACCGACGACGCCAAUGCGCUCCUCAUCGCCGCCGACCCGAGCGUGCUCGUCCCCGCCGGCACCCGCGACCCGCCCCCGCUCAGCGCCCUGCUGCCCAUCAUCCUCCCCUCCCCCGACUCCCUCCAGCUCGGCCUCGCCAGCUCGCUCUGCUACCUCCAGGCCCUCCUCGCCGCCCAGCCCCCAGAGGCCAGAGCCGCCCAGGCCAGGAUCGCCAUCGUCCCCUCCCUCACCGACCGGACCACCGGCCUCGGCUCCUUCUCCUCCCAGCCCACCGGCAACGCCUCCGACCACGACUACCGCAUCUCCGACUCCGCCGCCGGCCUGCGCACCCAAUACCUCAUCACCAACCUCGCCCCCGCCACCAACUACUCCGCCUGGCUCUUCCAGCCCGGCCCGGUGGUCGACAACGUGCCCACCGGGAGACUGUGGCCGUACAUCUCCUUCCGGACCAAGUCCACCAAGAACUGCAGACUACUCCACGACCUGCCCUUCUGUCCCUCGGUCGCCUACGCCGUCCCCGCCAGCCCGAGCCUGUCGACGAGCGCGGUGGUGGCCCAAUACAACCGCAGCGUCAGCGGCCAUCUGGCCAACUUCCGCACCGUGGUCUCCACCUACCCGUGCAACAACGACACCAGCGGCCGGUACUCGUUCGUCACCGGCUGCGGGGACUGUUUGCGGGCGUACACGGACUGGGCCUGUGCGGUCGCGCUCCCGCGUUGUGUGGACCCCCCGGCCCCGGACCCGACAGGAACGACGCAGCUCGUGUUCGCCAGACCCGACCCGGCCUCGUCCCGGACGCCCAACAUCUCCGACCCGGGCGGCAUGUACCCGUACGUCGAGCUCCCGCCCUGUGCGUCCCUGUGCACCCUUGUCGCCGCCACCUGUCCGCCCCUGCUGGGCUGGGCCUGUCCGCUCCCCUCCGUCUCCCGCAACGCCUCGAUGGGCGCCGCCCCACGCUCUAUGGCCCCCCUGCCCGCCCUCCUCGUCGCCGCCCUCCUCGCCGCCCUUCUUUCCGCCCUGUAG